AUGACUGAAGAAAUUAGAAUCUCACAAAAUGCUUCAGGAAGUGGUGCAUUCGUAGGAAGGCAGUGGGCGCUAUUUGAAAGUUUGCAAUUUUUAAGAAGUCACAUUAUUCCUCGUCCAAUGCGACAAAGUGCGCCAGUAUUGAAACGCAGCGACGAGAACUAUGACUUUAUUAACAUUUCUUCCGAAUCUAUAUCACAAGAUCUCUCGCCGUCACCUCCAAUUACCCCUGGGCAGUUAAUUCCGUCCGACCAAUCAACAAUAAUUCUGUCCGAUCAAACAACAGCAAUUCCGUCCGUUCAGUCAAUUCCGUCUAGUCAGCCAUCAGCAAAUCCGUCAUCAACAUCGCGACCACGAAAGCAAAGAGGCAGACAGCUUGACGAUGUGGACACUGCCAUCCUCGGAACAGUGAAAACUUUCCAGGAGGUAUGUGAGCGUAGAGCGCGUCGAGAAGAGUCGGAUGCGGAGAUAAGCGGUUUUGGGCGAAUGAUAUGCUCUUCGAUUUCAAAAAUGAAAAAAUCAAGGCAAGCAUUGGUGAUGCGUCAAUGUACUGAUAUUGUAAUGCAAUCGCAAAUUGAUGAAGAAGAAGAAAGCUUUGUGUAUGUGAACUAG